AUGCAGGCAUACCUCGAGGAGGUACGCAAAAUUGAGAAACGAUUCUUGGGCCUGGAAUUGCAGUACGUGCCACGCGGCACGAACAAGGAGGCGGACGACAUCACCAAGAGGGUGUCUCGGCGUCUACCUCAGGAGCCCGGCGUCUUUGAGGAGCGGCUCUUCAAGCCGUCAACGGCUCCCCCCGCUGCGGGACCAGCGUCGCCUCAGGAGGAGUUCCCACCAGCACCCCUCUCAGGUGCCCCAGCUUGCGGCCCGACCUCGAGAGCCCGCCUGCUCCUUGCGCUUGAGCCUCAGGAGGGGUGCUGGACUGAGGAAUUCAAGGCAUACCUACUCCAAGGCACGUUGCCGGAGAAGGAGGAAGAUGUAGAGCAUGUGGCCCGCCAGGCCACCGCAUACUGCAUCCAGGACGAGGAGCUCUACCGAAAACAGCCAAACGAUGUUUCUCUAUGA